AUGGAAACAGACGAAAAGGUGACAGACAUGGAGCCGACCACGGUAACCGAAGAAGGACCUACUGAAGCCGAAUCAACUUCAGCAGAGAAUGAAACUCUUCAAGCUCUUCCCGAAAACGUUGAGCAGUUCGUUCUUAGUGAACAAACCGCAAUGGUGAACAACAAACCAAUACAGGUGGUCACCCUCAUGGAUUCGCAGGGUCAAGUGCUAGAUCAAAAACAAGGCGAAACCGGAGAACAAGUUGUGCUUGAAAUAUUCCGACAAAUGUUUUCGUAUGAAUUACAAGGUCCUUCUGCUACCGGAGAACCUAUAACGUCUACUUUGUUGGUCUCAGCGGGCUGUGUGGAGGAUGCAGACACUGCUCCACUCGAAGAACCAGCUCCGGAAAUUCCCUCCACUACCGCUUCCACCGCUUGGACAGAACACGCAAGUACACCUCGUGGCGGCUACGAGGAACAAAACGAAUCCACACCAGCUGGUCAACAGUUCACUUUAACAGAAGCCAUGGCGCUUGUUAAUGGAGAAACAAUGCAAACGGUUAUCCUGACAGACGAGAGUGGCAAUGUGUUGGAUCAGAAACAAGGAAGAACCGGAGAGCAUGUUAUCAUUGAAAUGAGCGGUAACUCUUUGGAAUAUGUCUUCCUCGGGCCCACAGAGAACGGUGAACCUAUUACAACGACGCUAGUUGUCACAACAGAUCCUGAUGCGGCAGAGCUCAGUCAAACAGAUGCUUCCGGAUCUGUUCAGCCAGAUGGGUCAGAAGCCGUUCUUACCGCUGCUGACUGGUGCCCUUCAGGUUUGCCCCCCGAGUUUUAUGCUGUCCUUUGUCGUCAAGCAGAAAAUGUCGUCGCCCUACGUAUCCCUCAAUCGGCAGACGGCACACCAGCAUAUCGGCCGGAGCCUUAUCAUCGAAAACUCGGUCCAUUGGCAACAUAUCAGAGUAUGGUUGAACUUGUAAACAGUUAUCUUCUUGGUGCCAGUCGCGGAGAAACCUUGGCUAGUUAUGAAAUAUUGCGUAACUAUGCCAAAAUAUACAGACCUUCCGGUCCUCAUUCCCGGGCUCUUACAAAGUAUGAGUUGGCGUUGAACGAAGCUGCUGCACAAAUUUGUCGUUAUCAGCCAGGUUUACUGUUUCAUAAACGCGAGCUAUUUCACCUGGCUAAAGAGACGGUAGAACAAUCACAGAUCGCACUGAACAGCGAACGUCGUAUUCACCAGCAACAACAAAACCAACAGCAGCAUCAACAGCUGGAUGUCACGGGUCAGGUACGAGGUCCAGAUGUGAAUGCACAUGCAGCACAAACCAAAACUGUUCAAUCGUCACAAUCUGUAGCCAACCGAAUUCCAACGACUCGUCCAGUACCUCAGACUACCGCCGUCAGCGGUCGAGUGGCUAGCUCUCAGCUAGCACUCUUAGAGUCUCGAGGUUUAUCCGGUAUUAAACAAACACAACCACAACCUCAAGCGCAACAGACACAACUGUCGGUCGGUUCAGGUGUACCAUCGACCGUGCCUGUCUUUAGUGCUGCGGCAGCUUCGGCCAGCUCGGUGCACUCAGAGCAGUCGGUGUUGAUCAGCGAACAACCAACAAGCACUGGCCCUAUCACCCCUACUUUGACCACCAGCAAGUCACGGACAGUUCUUAGCGAAACCAGUACACCAUAUUAUUCUGGUCUACCGAUGAUGAAGCGGGAUACCGUUAGUAAGCUGACGGUUUCACAAGAAGAGGCCUUAAGGACGGCGGCCUUGGAUCUACUUUAUGAUUUGCCACACUAUGAUCUCAAACCCAAAGUAGAUUGUACCAAUAUUGAAUUGGCUUGUUGGGAACAGGCACGUCAACUGUCUUCGGAGACUCCGCUGGACAGUGCAUCAGUCGACACUACCAAUGCGUCACAAUCGUCCAUCAAUUCACUGCUAUGUAAUGAGGCGCGAUUAAAUGCGGUACGUGAGGCUGCUGCGUUGUACGGCCGCCAACCCGGUUUCAUGCAAGCUGUAAACGGGAAUGGUGUGGGACUCGCAAGGUCACCAACAGUACCCGUUCUUAUCCCUUACGAGGUUGCAUGCAACGAAGCUGCCACUUACCUGGCUGCUGUUAUGCCCAGUCUGCUCACUCAUCGUCGUGACCUGGCUGAACUUGCCAAGAAAGUCGUGCGCAACUCAGGCUGUUUAUUCACCACAACAGCAGCAGAUAAAAUAGCUGCGGGUGGUGGUGGAUAUCGUUUUUACUGCGCAGAUCAGCUCCCCGAAUUGGAUUUGUCUGCCGCAGAUCAUUUACUAACCGACCCACUGGAUCGAAGUGACUCUCCGGAUUCCGGAUGUUGCCUUAGUCCAGCUGAGACGGACGCCGAACGCGUCACUGCCAACUUUCAAACUUUGGCGUUAUCCUGCGAAGAAUGCAAUAAUGUAAUCGAUGAUGUGACUAUCUACACAACGACAGGCACCGAUUCGUUGAAGAAAGUGCGGAUUUUAAACUUGAGCGACUGCGGUUUCACGGGCCUCAUCCCCAUGUACGUGAAUCAGUGUUCAAAUUUGAUUGAGUUGAAUCUGUCCGGUAACGCCUUGUAUGGAUUCCCACGUUGUUUACAUUUGUCGAAAUUGAAGCGUUUGAAUUUGCGUGCCAAUCCUCGUCUGUUGCGACCCAAUCCGUCCACCGGCGUAGUAGAGCCUCCUCUUGUGGAACAGUUUCCUCGGUUGGUUUCUCUUGAGCUCGAUCCACAACUCGCUGAGCUUUUGUGCCGCCAAUCUAUUGCCUACUUGUGUCCGUAUCUGAAGUCGAUCAACGGAGAGGAAUUCACAGAGGAACCGACUGAUGAAACCAUCAAAACGAUUCAAGCCGUAAAACAUCAGCUAUCUGGUUUGAUAUACUCAAAAUGGGAGGACGAUAUUGCUGGUUUCUACAAAAAGGGUUUACCGAAGCGGGAUGCGAUCCGCGUUAUUGAAACUCUUGUGCUGCAUGCUGUGAAAAGAACAAACGAUUUGGGAAAACAGUUUUCGCACUGCGCAAGUAUUUUGGUAUGUUUCCUUUCAAAUGUGUUACCCAGUAAGACGAUUGCUCUCUUUUCUGGUUUUCAUUUUGAAUCCGAAAAAAAACUACUGAUUUGUAACCACCGCCAUUCGAUGGUCGUCAGAUNUAUAUAUAUAUAUAUAUAUAUAUAUAUAUAUAUAUAUAUAUAUAUAUAUGUGUGUGUGUGUGUGUGUGUAUGUGUGUGUGUGUCUAAGAACUUUUUCCAGCUGUCUACUGACUACCGUCUUCAAUGGUGCAAUAUUAUUGCUAAAUCAUUCCAGGGCAAGUUGGUGUUUGGAUCCCGAAUGUGUUCAUCGCAUCGGGUGUAUUUCGUUAUGCGGGCUAGUUGA